ACAAAACAAAUAACCCACUGAAAAGGUACUUAUCUAGUGUAAAAUUAUUAUUAAGAUAUGUCCAGUUCAUAGAUUAUACACUUAAUAUAUGAGUCCAGUUUGUAAGCGGCAAGGAACACUACUACAAGAGUUAGUUCAUUUAAUUGAACAGUUUUUCAGGCGGAAACUUGUCAGUUCUGUAAAGGGCAUCGGACAAAGAAGUUCAGUUUUAUCAAGCGGAAACAGUGCAAGGAAAAUGGCGGCCGUCACUGCUCCGAACGCACAAAAAAUGCAUUUCACGAAGACCGAAGGGGAAUACAAUAUGAAAUCUAUCCGGUUUUUACUCCUAAUGAUUACGACUAUGUUUAUUGCGGAAACUUGUCAGUUCUGUAAAGGGCAUCGGACAAAGAAGUUCAGUUUUAUCAAGCGGAAACAGUGCAAGGAAAAUGGCGGCCGUCACUGCUCCGAACGCACAAAAAAUGCAUUUCACGAAGACCGAAGGGGAAUACAAUAUGAAAUCUAUCCGGUUUUUACUCCUAAUGAUUACGACUAUGUUUAUUAUAAUAUCCGGUUUGAUGGUAGUGAUGGGAAUAUCAGUCUACUCUCACUACCAUAGUUUUUCGUUUUUCUACGAAAGCGCCAAGACUGGAAGGUUCUUAACUCCAUCAGUGCUGUGCAUUUUCUUGGGUCUUGCAAUGUUCAUAGUUUCCUUCUUUGGAUUCUUCGGUAGUUUGAAACAGAGCACUUGCAUGGUUAACUUGUACGCUUUCGUUCUCGCUUUGAUCCUGCUAAUAAAAUUGACCAUUGUGAUUCUCGCUUUCACGAUGGACACGAAUCUAAUCAUGAAGUACGUGGACAUCCCGGUGUGGGACUACGUAAAUGAUCCCGAGAUUAGUGACGAAAUUGACAGCCUACAGACUUCGCUCGGCUGCUGCGGAAGCAAUUCCUAUAUGGAUUAUGUGGGAAUGGAAUUCACAGAGAAACACUCUACUGUCGUUGUGUCUAAAGAGGUUGACGGGGAUCUGGUUACGUUGGUGAUACCCAGUAGUUGCUGCGUCAGCAACGGCGAUGCUUUCUGCACGAGGAUGUACUCGACCAGUUGCAAAACUGCAUUGGUCAAUUUAUUGGCGCAAAAUGCAAUCGUGAUCGGUGUACUUGGCGUCUCGGUGAUGUUUAUUCAGUUACUGGGCAUCGUAUUCGCUCUACUUUUGGCACGUUGCAUUCGUAAAAUGAAAAGCGAGAGGGCGCUGAUGGCUUGGAAGAUUCGAGAACAAAUGAUAAUGGCGCGAGCGGCAGAAGAAUCAGCGAAAGAUAAUACAUUAAACAUCGGACACAAUGAAAUUAGUGUAGCAUAAAUAUAUUAUUGAUGUUA